AGAACUGUUACAAAACCAGCUGCUCGUGAGACUGAGAAGUGCACGCUUCGCUGCAUCGCAGCGACAGUAAAAUCUUUAAAAAGAGUCACUUGCCUCAUGAGUUCAAGGCAUCACGUCAUUAUAUGUUUCAUAUUAGAUACAGCAGAAGAGUGCUGAUCCUACGUUCCAUCAGAGACCUGACCAUCAACAUGUCUGCAAACAAGCACAAUCUGAAGCGCCAGAGGAAGUCGACGAUCAGUGCUGGUAGCAAACAGCCGAAGCUCACCGGAGAAAAAGGCAAAGAGAGCGGCUGGCUGUUGAAGGAAGUGGCUGAACUCCGCAGAGCAGCGCAGGGAUGCGAGUUCAACAAAAAGCGCCUCCGUUAUUUGUCAGACACCCAGAAGGUCAAACAGGGCUCACAAGGAGUACUCUACUGGAUGUCCCGUGAUCAAAGAAUUCAAGACAACUGGGCAUUGAUUUAUAGUCAGCAACUGGCUUUGGCUGAGAAGCUUCCUCUCCACAUCUGCUUCUGUUUGGUGCCUGAAUUUUUGGAUGCUGCUUACAGACAAUACGCCUUCAUGCUAAAAGGGCUACAAGAAGUGGUGAAGGAAUGCAAAAGCCUGGAUAUUGAGUUCCAUUUGCUCUCAGGUGAGCCUGGACAGAAUCUGCCAGCUUUUGUUAAAAGCUGGAACUUUGGAGCUGUUGUCACAGAUUUCAACCCUCUCAGAAUCUCCCUUCAAUGGAUUGACACUGUUAAGAAACAUCUUCAUUCUGACAUCCCUUUCAUUCAGGUUGAUGCACAUAACGUGGUGCCAUGCUGGGAGGCAUCCAAGAAGCUGGAAUAUGGAGCCAGGACAAUACGGGGCAAAAUCACAAAACAUCUCCAAGAAUUCCUCACUGACAUGCCACUUGUAGACACUCACCCAUACUCCGCUUCUCGUGCAGCAAAGAUAGUAGAUUGGGAGGAGGUUCUGUCAUCACUCCAGGUGGACCACAAUGUUUGUGAGGUGGACUGGGCUCAGCCUGGCACCACUGGCGGCAUGUCUAUGCUAGAGUCCUUCAUUGACCGACGACUGCAUAUAUUUGCCACCCACAGGAACAAUCCCAACUCUGACGCCGUUAGCCACCUCUCCCCAUGGAUCCAUGCUGGUCAGUUGUCUGCUCAGCGCGUUGUAAUGCAGGUCAAGCGGAAAAAGAAUGCCAGCGAGUCUGUUGCAUCUUUUAUUGAGGAAAUUGUUGUGCGAAGGGAGCUCGCUGAUAACUUCUGCUUCUACAACCAAAACUAUGACAAUAUUUCUGGUGCAUACGAUUGGGCAAAGAAGACUUUGCAGGAGCAUUCUAAGGACCGUAGACAGUAUCUGUACUCAAAAAAAGAGUUGGAGAGCGCCGAGACUCAUGACCAGUUGUGGAAUGCUGCACAGCGUCAGCUGCUGUUAGAAGGAAAGAUGCAUGGCUUUCUGCGCAUGUACUGGGCAAAGAAGAUUCUGGAGUGGACUGCAUCUCCUGAAGAAGCCUUGUCUAUCGCUAUAUAUCUGAAUGACCGCUUGUCUCUAGAUGGCUGUGAUCCCAACGGAUAUGUGGGCUGCAUGUGGUCCAUCUGUGGAAUUCAUGACCAGGGCUGGGCAGAGCGGCCCAUCUUUGGCAAAAUACGUUACAUGAAUUAUGCUGGUUGCAAAAGGAAGUUUGAUGUGGAGCAGUUUGAAAGGAAGUACGCUGCUAUAAAAGAAAUCCCUAUUUCGAAUAAUAAGAUAUCUAUAUAGUUCAUUGUGUCAUUUUUAAAAGCUUCUGAUGCAUGCAAAGUUCAGAUUUCAAUGUUUGUACUUCAUUUAGAGAAUCUGGGAUUUAGAGGCAUUUUUCUGUCAUUUUUUAUGGAGGUGAAGUUUAUUAAUGCUGUUCUGUAGUGAUUGCUUUGAGGGUUAGUAUGUUUUAUAUGUACAAUUAAAUAUUUUUUCAAUGAU